UACCUGCCUCUCUUUUCUCCCACAACAUCCUUUGCACCCACUCUUUCUCUCUCUACAAAAUGGCUCCCAAACAAAUCAACAACAAUAAUAAUAAUGCUGCUAAUCCUACUCCCGCCGCCGUAUCUUCUGCCGCUGCUGCAUCCGCCGCCAUUGAGAUCAAAUAUAGGGGAGUGAGAAAGCGGCCUUGGGGGAGGUACGCGGCGGAGAUCCGUGACCCGAUAAAGAAGACGCGCGUCUGGCUAGGCACGUUUAAUACUGCUGAAGAUGCGGCACGUGCUUACGAUGCCGCGGCUCGGGAGUUCCGUGGGGCUAAGGCUAGGACUAAUUUUCAUUACUUUGAUCAGCAGUGUCCUAGCAGUGGUGAUAGCACCACUAUUGAUUCUAUUGGCGCGUGUAUUGACGCGCCUCCACCUCCACCACCUCCGCCGAUUGUUAUUCCUGGUGGAGACGGCGUGGGUGGGUCGUACGUGAUGUACGGCGUGUUGGCUAAUAGAGUGAGCGGAAUGCGUGAGUCGUUCGGGUGUGGGCGCGUUAUGGGAAGGAAUGGUGGAGCUGGAAUCCAGAGUGAGGAGGCUGCCGUUGAUUCUGGUGACGGAGGGAGGGGAUUGGUUCCUGAUCUUGAUCUUAAUUUGGCCCCACCUCAGGAAGUUGUCUGAUGAUUUAAGUGUAGGACUUUUAAAUAGGCCACCACGCAGCAGAUCCAGCCCCCUUUUCACUUUUUUUUUUUGUUAAUCUUUGGUGGCUUAUCUUAUAAAUUAGCUUUGGAAAAAGAAAUGAUAGAAAACAGGAAGAAUCAGCGAAGAGAGAGAGUUGAAUUAAGAACCUUAAUUUUGUAACUUGAAAGAAAGAUUAAAGGCGCAGCUCUUAUCUUGUCAGAGGUUUUGUAAAUACAGCAACAAACAUCCUUUUCAUUUUUUA